AUGUUUUACAGGAAGUUUCCGUUUAAAACCUCUAAAUUUUGUAGAACAAAAUUUCGUUUCGAACAGCCACGUAGUUAUAAAAUGAGCCAUAACGCUAUUCUUGUGCAGAAGUUUAAUCCAGGUACAGGAAGUUUGGAAUGGGAUUUACAAGCUGAGAGCUAUGACUACACUCAAGAGAUCGCCCGUUCUGGAUUUGCCGAUAUGUUGCACGACGAAGAAAGGAAUUUGAAAUACAAUUUAGCUUUGAACAAAGCCCUAAACAUACUCAGGAUUAAGGGAAAAGUUCCUCGAGUACUGGAUAUUGGCACUGGUACUGGGCUUCUUGCAAUGAUGGCCGUUAAGGCCAAUGCAUCUGCCGUCUUUGCUUGCGAAACAUUCCAGCCCAUGGUGAAAUGUUCAACUGAAGUUAUUGCACAUAAUGGUUUUGCCGAUUCAAUUAAAAUAAUUCCAAAAAGGUCAACUGAAAUCACAGUUGGCCCUCAGAAAGACAUGGAAGACAAAGCCAAUGUUCUAAUAACAGAAGUGUUUGACACAGAGCUGAUUGGGGAAGGUGCCAUUGGAACUUUCAACCAUGCAAAUCAACAAUUACUCUCAGAAGAUUCAGUUGUCAUCCCUGCCCGAGCUACAAUUUAUGUUCAGUUAAUUGAAUCCCACCUAGUGACAUCAUGGAACAGGUCCAUGCCAAUAAAUCUUGGUGGUGACUUCAUAUAUCCACCUUCGAAAGUUUCCUGUUGUCCUGGGAAUGGAGCAGUGCAUGAUAUUCAACUUGCCCAACUCAAAGAGGCCCACUUCAAAGCCCUUUCAGACCCCAUUCCUAUCUUCAACUUCGAUUGGAACAGUAAAGUGCCGAUUCCUGUUGAAGACACAAACACAGUGAAUUUUGUUGCGAAAUGCAGUGGGAAGGCUCACGCCAUGCUAAUGUGGUGGACCUUGGACAUGGAUAUGGCAGGCGAAAUAGUCUUAAGUUGCGCGCCUCCUUGGGCACAUCCAGAAGGAAACGAAUUACCAUGGAGGGAUCAUUGGAUGCAAGCCAUUUAUUACUUUCCAAAUGAUAUUACUAUCAAAUCAGAAGGCGAGAGAUUACACCUGACUGGUUACCAUGACGAAUAUAGCCUUUGGUUUGGAUUACAGACGGAAACGCCCCCCUCCGUUACUUUACCACGUCCAUUCUGUGAUUGCUCUGUUCAUCUUGCUUGUAGCCGUCCCCGCUUAGGACAGCUAAACGAUAACGAUCGCAACCAGAAAUACAUCAGGGUGUUGGAAAAAGUGAUCAGCUCUGAUACAGUAUGCCUGACACUGGGUGAUUGCUGUUUGUUAGGAUUAAUAGUGGCCAAGUUAGGAGCGCGGAAAGUCUAUGCUGCCGAAAGAAAUCCCCAUUGCCGUCGAGUAUUGGAGGCUUGGGUUAAAAGAAAUGACCUAGAAGAACAAGUAACCAUCCUAGAUGGAGAUCUUGAAAAGAGAAAACUCGACUUAAAGGUAAAUCUGGUGUUGGGAGAGCCAGUUUUCGAGAGCUCUGUGCUACCAUGGCACAACCUUUACUUCGCGCGUUGGAAAAACAACGUGCAACACUUAUUGGCAGAUGGCGUGACAAAAAUUUUACCUGGCAAGGCGUACCUUUACGCCAUGGCCGUCGAGAUGAAAGAUUUAUGGAAAAUCAGGGCACCGGUACGCUCCACUCAAGGAAUUGAUCUGUCAGUUUUUGAUAACCUGAUUGAGAGUGCUAUAGAUACCAGCGAUUCUCAAGUUGAGCCUCAUCCUCUGUGGGAAUAUCCCACUCGCGCGCUAAGUCCAGCUAUUCAACUAAUGAUGCUAGAUUUGACGACACUUUCCCUAAUGACCAAAGAAAUUCCUGAAGUGGAAGGUAAGGUCAACUUACCAGUCACUGGCACUGUUAAUGGCGUAGCACUGUGGAUCGAUUGGCAAUUGGACGAGGCAACUGUAAUUAGUGGUGGGCCGACUGCUCCUGUCACGCUUGGCCAAAACGUUCAGUGGGACAUGCACUCCAAACAAGCAGUUUACUUCAUUAAAGAUCCUGUUAGUUUGCAGACAGAAGACAGAAGUUUAAGUUACCAAAUCAAUUUUGUUCCCGAUACUUACGAAUACAAAUUCAAAUUUUCAAUUUUGUAAGUGGAAAUGUAUUUGUAAGCCCCAAAAAUUACACAUUGUUCAAAACGCU